UGUUUUAUGAAUACAUUGCAUGUGAUUAUCAUUAUUAUAUUAUUCAUCAUUAAGUAUAUUAUGAUUACUUUACAAACAAAUGCAGUCUCUGUUCACUAAUAGACAUAACAGUAAUAGACAUAUAUUGUUGACAUAAGUGUAUAAGUAAUAGAGAUGACUAUUCACUGUAAUGACAAUUGUGUUCAAUAUUAAGAUUCAUAUGAAUUAUUGAAAUUAUAUGAGGUAUGAAAGAGUCAUUCAAGUCAUGUGUCACCCAUUGAUCCGUUGAGAUAUGGGUUGUUGUCUUCCAAUCGGUUCCCACGACAAGACCGACGAGAGGGAGGGGUCGGUGAGCGGUGGCAGUGGUGUUGGCGGUGGUGUUGGCGGUGGUGUGGGAGGAGUGGCGGUGAGUGCGAGCGAACAAAGCCGACGAUCCAAACGCAUAGACCAGAUGUUGGCGAAAGACAAGCGACUGAUGCGCCGACAGGUGAAGGUGUUGUUGUUGGGCGCGGGCGAGUCGGGAAAGUCGACUUUCCUGAAGCAGAUGCGACUGAUCCACGGCCACAGUCUGGUGGACGACACUCACACCGUUGACCACUACAGACACACCAUCUUCUCCAAUGUCAUCAAAGGCAUGAAAGUGCUGAUCGACGCCCGACUCAAACUGGGCAUCGAUUGGGGACAACAAGACAGCCAACGACACGCCCAACACGUCUUCUCCAUCGACAGCACAGCGACCAUCACUUCAGCACUCUUUGCACAAUACAUGCCAUCGAUUCGCCAGCUCUGGGCCGACGACGGCAUCAGACAUGCCUUCGACCGCAGAAUUGAAUUCCAAUUGAGCGAUGGCGUGCGGUAUCUGUUUGACAACAUUGAGCGCAUCGGUGCCCAGGACUACGAGCCCACGAAUCAAGACAUUCUGUACUCACGUAAGGCUACCAAAGGGAUCGCAGAAUACUGUGUGACCAUCAAUAAGAUACCGUUCCGUUUUGUGGACGUCGGCGGACAGCGAUCGCAGCGCCAGAAGUGGUUCCAGUGUUUCGAGUCGGUCACGAGUAUAGUGUUUAUAGUGUCGUCUUCAGAGUACGAUCAGGUGCUGCUCGAAGACCGCGACAAGAAUCGGCUCCGGGAGUCGCAGAACAUCUUCGAGACUAUAGUCAACAACCGAUGCUUUACUGAAGUGUCUUAUAUUUUAUUUCUCAACAAAACCGAUCUUUUGGAAGAAAAGCUCAAAUUGGUGAGAAUGAAGCGCAAACACACCGAUGCUGCUGGUGGUGGUGGUGGUGGUGGUGGUGGCGGUGGCACUGGCGGCUGUCACAACCCCGUAGUCGUAGUCAACGCUCAUUCAGCGACGGAUCGAUUACACGAUCGCCACAACAGUAUUCGUCACAACAAUCAUCACACGAUUGAUCACUACUUCCCAGAGUUUGGUGGCGGAGAUCCCACAGACUUGUCGACCGUCCAGUCAUUUAUUCUGCAACUCUUUGAGUGCGUCCGCAGAGAUAAACGAAAACAACUGUACCAUCACUUCACCACUGCUGUCGACACUGAAAACAUUAAGUAUGUGUUCAGAGACGUCAGGAAUACUAUACUCCAGUCAAACAUCACUCAACUAAUGCUGCAAUAG